GUUUCAGCUCUAUUGGCAGAAGUAACAUCGAACCAGACGUAUCUUGAUGCUGCCGUUGAGUCAGCAAAUUUCAUACAGUCGUAUCUUCUCACUCCGUCCGGCGAUGUAAAGGAUCUUAUACUUUUAGGUUUAGACGGAUUUUGUGAUAACGAAAACCCAUUUAUAAGUGUGGACUCACACGCACCCAAUGUCGGGAUCUUCGUUGAAGGAUUGGUCAGCCUAGCGGAUAUCACGCGUAAC